AGCUCAUAUACCUUCCUCUCUCUCUCUCUCUCUCGCUCUUCACUUUCUCUCACAUCCUAUACACACACGAUAUGUGGACAUUUUCCGUGUUUUUUCCAGUAUUAUAAAAUUCUGAGCUAUAUCGGUAUGUCCGCGGAAAUUGGGGGUCAGAGCUUCUGUUGGGCCAUGAAAAUUCAAGAAUUGGCCAAAUGUGGGACCUGCCCUGCAAAUUUACCAAAGACUAAACGUGGCUUACGCCAUUUUUAACCAUUAGUGUUAAUCCGGAUGAGUUCCUCAUUUUUCAUUUUCCUACAACGUAUGCUUACACAUAUUUGUGUCUGCCCUGAGUUUACUACUUUGGUGUAUUUGUGUAGACUGUAGAGCUAGGACUCGGAAACUGUAAAGACAGUUAUUUCUAGUUGUGGGUCGAAAAGAUUGGAGCGAUGGAGCUCUUUCUUCCAUGUGAAAGUUGAAAUGGAUUUUGAGAGUUUCCUUUGAUGGGUUUUCGCUAUUUUUGGAGGGGGAUUUGAGGAAGCUCUGGUUCAAGUGUUGGAUUGAAGUGCGGGUUUAGCUGUGUAUCCAAUUCUUAGUUUCCAGGUUGCUGUGGUCUAAGAGUUGCACGGGAGAGCUAAGUACUAAGUUUUAUACCUUAGUAGAUGAGCAUAAUAGAAGCUGCAUGUUAUAAGGAACUUUCCACCUACCAUUAAUGUAUUCUUUUCCUGUGGAGCUGGAUGAUGGAAACCCCAAAUAAAAACCCGGGGAAAGAUGGUAAAAAACAAGACAAUACAUUACAGUAUCCUAUUGAGAGUAUCGAAUCAAAAGGAGGCAAUCUUGUGUCCAAAGGAUGCAGAAAGAAGAUAGAGCCUAGCAAAACUCUGAUAUUAAACGCUAGGAGGUCAAGAGCAAGUACAUGGUGCAGAGAGUUGUUCCUUAAAAAUGUUCAUGGUUUGAGUAACAGCAUCCCUAAGCAUAUUACAACUCCUGACGAAAAGUAUGUUCUUCGUUGCCUUGAACUGAUACGUAAUUGUGCAUUAAGAGCUGCAGCUUGGAGUUUUACCUCAAAAGUGGGUGUUUUGCCUGAAGAUGGGAGUAAUUUAGCAGAAAUCAAGAAUAGAAGUUCGAAUAGUAUUAGUUUAGCUAUUGAACGUCCAUUUAUUGGGGGAACUGAGGUCAUCAUGAACACUACUGGUGAUUGGACUAUUGGCACUGUCUCUCGUAGCCAAAGUAUAAUCAACAUCUUGACGAGCCCGUUGCUUCAACAAUUCGGCUCCUUUGACCGUGAUGUCAAUUUUGGAAGGACAGAAUUACUUGAUGGAAGCAAACCAUCUUAUUCUUAUUUUGGUGACUCUCCGCAAGAAUCGAGCAGCGCCUUAUCUCGUACUAAGCUACUAAAGGAGGUAAAAUUUCUUGAUCAUAGAUAUGCAUCGUCACCUGUGCAUAAAAGGGACGCUUCUACAUCAAGCACAAACUCCAGUUGCUCCGAUCAGUCAUCUUCUUCUGUGUAUGGUACCUCAUUUCAAGGAAUGUUGCAGUGUACAUGGAAGGAUGGGCUGCCGCACCAUGUUUUCACUGUGGACGAUAACCGGGAGGUCUACAUGGCCAACUUGUCAAAGGUUGAGUCUUCAGAUGAUAAAGGUUUGGAUUAUGUCUACACUUUCCUUGCAAGAAGAAAUGGCAAGAAAGAAUGUGAUAUGGACGAGCUUGAGUCGGAAAGUAUUGCCAAGAUGCGAGUGUCUACUGCAAUAACAUUCUCAUCUAAUAAUUCAGAAGUUCGUGAGACUCAGUUUAUUCUCUCUGUUUCCAGUGACAACCGUAUAGGGGAAACACAAACCUCAAAUCAUGCCCUCAGGAAGAAUAACAGAUUGACGAGAAAGGUAGUGGAUGUUUUCAGGCCAAGUCACUCUUAUAAGCAGAGAUCUUUGUCGAAACUGGGGGGAUCAAGUGCUAUUUUUGAAGACACUCCUUGGGACCCGUCUAGAGGUGUGAGUAAUAGUUAUCUUGAUCCACACAAUGGCCUUGCAGAAAAUAAAUGUUCCCCAAAUCUUGAGUUGGCUGCCAUUAUUGUGAAAGACAUCUGCAACAAUUCUAAGGAGGCUGAACUCGGGGGAUGGGGACUGAAGUUUCUUAAAAGACAUGGAAAUAAUACAUCUCUAGACUCCUCGAUACAUCCUGAACGCUCACGAAAUACUGGGGAAUGUUCAACUAGCAUGGACAUUUUAAUUCCGGCAGGUUUUCAUGGUGCACCAAGAACCAGAGUCAGUGGUGGCCCAUCAAGCCUUAUUGAAAGGUGGACCUCUGGGGGCCACUGCGACUGUGGGGGCUGGGAUAUCGGUUGCCCUCUAACAAUUCUCAACAUGACGUCAAGCAACGGGGAAUAUUCACCCCAGGCCUAUAAUUCUGGAGAAUGCAAGUCCAUUGAUCUCUUUAUGCAGUUGUUACUUUUACAGGGCUCGAGACGAAAUUUACCAAUCAUGAAAAUGGUAAAUAUUCACGACGGUUUGUACUACAUCAAUUUCCAAUCAACUCUAUCAACUUUGCAGUCGUUCGCCAUCGCUGCUGCAAUUAUUCAUUCUCGUAGUCCUCUUCUUCGACCCAAAGCGUAUAGGAGUUGAGUUGAAGUGACACGACGAGGAAUUAGUUUGUAUAAAUACAGGUAGCAAAUGGGAGUUACAUCGAAUUACAUAAUUGAUGUACAUGUUAUGAUGCUGAUUCUUGCAUCAUGGUAGUGGUUGCUGGUGUUUGCCAAAGUAUGCUCUGUUUUGGAGGUUCGUUCUUGCAGUUGUAACUUAAAUUUUUCCUCUUCUCAUGCCCUGUUAUUCAACCAGUCCACCACAUAAAUAUCAUGUAUAUGCAAAUAGUUAUUUUCUGGGUUUA